AUGUCCCGCGCCUCCAAGCUCACCCUCCUCGGCACCUCCGCCUUUGCGCUCGGCACCGUCGCCCUGGUGCAUUGGCAGCAACAAGCCGAGAAGGAGGCAAUGCACGCCGGCGUGAUCCGCGACAUGGAACAACAACGAAUCAAGCGUGAGCGCCAGCUCGAUUUCGAAAUGCAGCGCGAGCUCGAGAACGAGUACAAGAAACUCCAGACUGUUCGCGAUGUGACAGAUCAGAUGGACCCGGUACCUGCGAAACCCAGUAGUGCACUAGCAGAAGGACUGCCGAAGCCGAGUGCUGCGGCGGCUAGUAUACCUGUUGGAGGGACCAUUGGGACAGGGACAGGGACGGGAGAAAAAUGA